AUGGAAUCGGAGUCGGAGCAAUCUCCCAAAAAUUCCCCAAAUAAACGUCUCAAAACCCUGACUCCAACCCUUGACGAUUACCCACCUCAUCAGUCCCCACCCUCUUUGAUUUCGCAAGGAAAAUCCAAAAUUGAAGAAGAUGAAUUUGAACCUACUGAUUGCUGCGGGAUUUGCUUAUCGGAAUCUGGUGGAGAUUGCAAUAGCAGUGUUAGUAGAGGAUGCAUUGAUAGCUGCUCCCAUUUCUUCUGCUUCGUUUGCAUCAUGGAGUGGGCCAAGGUUGAGUCCAAAUGCCCUCUUUGCAAGUGCCGCUUCUCCGAAAUCCGACGCCCUCCCAAGCCCCCCGUCUUCCCCUCCGAACGAGUUGUUCAAGUCCCUGUUCGUGACCAGAUCUAUCAUCAUUUUGGAAACGCGACAGUUGGGCCUCCAGAUCCAUAUUCCCAAGUUAAAUGUAGUGUGUGCAACUGUUCGGCAGAUGAAAGUCUCCUACUCUUGUGUGAUCUCUGUGACUCUGCUUCUCAUACUUACUGUGUUGGUCUAGGGGCCACUGUUCCUGAUGGUGAUUGGUUUUGCCAGGAUUGUAAACUUUUGAAGGAUGAACAGGCCGAUAAUGAAAUGAAUACUGAUCCUGGGAGUCAAAUUAGUUCUGGUCCUGUGCUUAAAAUCCAAUCACGGGAUGAACGUGUUUCUAUUUUUGAUAUUGUACGAGAACCUCGUAGUACUGUGAUUCAGAGAACUAGAAAUGUCUCUUCAGAUGCAAGAAACUUGCCACCGCCUAGCUCUACUACUGAUGAAAUUAGUAUGACUGGUAAAAUGUGUAGCCCAAGUUCAAGAAGGCAGGAUAGUUUUGCACAACAUACAACCAAGUCUAAUGCUCGAACUUUACGGCAUUGUCGCAAUGUGCGUGAUCGCAUACAUGUAAUGCGUAAAAACUGGAAUAGAUUUCAAAGUGGUGCCUUAACUUUCUCUUCCAGUCGAGGUGAUGGAAGUAUUUCUAGUCAGGAACCUGUAACAAGUAGGAGUUUGAAUCAACCACAUUCAUCAUCUUGUUUGAACCAGCAAUCGUCUUGUGAGAGUGGUUCUUCUGUUAUACAAGUAGAUAACAGCCGGGCACAUGAGAUUGACAAAGCUUGGGAAAUGAUGAAAAUUGCAAAGACUAUAGGACAGGUUCGUGAAAAGUCCAGCAUGGUAAGUAAGGACUCGAAACAUCCUAUGAAGAAGCUAAGUGCCCUAAAAAAAGCUGAUUCUACGAGUUCUAGGCAUCUCCCACCAAAGAACCAACAAAGUGGAUACAAUGAGUUGGCAUCUUCUAAAGGCAUCUGGACUUCAGGACCAUAUAAAGUUAUCGAUAAAAAUCCAGAAAAACUACCCGGAGAAAAAUCAUUUUCUGGAUCUGCUCCCUCAAUUUCACAAGUAGUCUCAGAACCAUUAGCUUCAAAUAUACGGCAUGUUAAAGAGAUCGAUCACAUAUCUUCUUCCGGUAGCAAGCCAAGAUGUUCUAAGGAUAAAAAUGAGGUGGGAUAUAGUUGUGUUGACAGAAAAGUCGAUAAAGGUUAUGAUGCCAAGAGUGAGAUUUGGCAUGUUAAAGAGGUCGAUCAUAAAUCUUCUUCCUGUAGCAAGCCAAUUUGUACUAAGGAGAAAAAUGAGGUAGGAAAUAGUUGUGUUGACAUAAAGGCCAAUAAAGCCUCUGAUGCCAAGAGUGAGAUUCAAUCCCUCGUGAAGCUCAACUUGAAACUUCAAACCAAAGAUGAGAAAUUAGAAGUUAAUGCGUACAAGGAAGUCGCAAGGCUUGCCACCCACAACAUAUUGGCUGCAUGUGGUUUGGAGCAACCGAAGCCAGAAUUUUGCUCUCUCCCGAGAUCUAUAUGCUCACAUCCUGACGAAGUUCGGCAAUGUCAAAGGUCUACUCUAAUGCCUAAUUCUUGCAGAAAAUGUUUCUAUGAAUUUGUGAAGGAUGUGGUUAGCACCAUUCUAUUGCAGAAGAAAAAAACUGCAAAAAAUUUAUGA